AUGAAGUUCUUGAGAUGUGAAGCAUUGGAGGAUGCUUUGGAGAGCACUCUUAAUGAUUUUGAUUCCGAUAGGGUUUCCAUGGCAACAAGCGUAGGGUCGUCAAUGGAGGAAGAUCUAGCUCUGGAAUAUGAGCUUGCGGCUUUGAGAGAAGCCAUGGACUCGGGGCUGACGUAUUUGCUGGCUCAUUGA